CGAGAAAUUAAUGCAGUAUCAUUUCAAAGAGGGAUAUCAUAAAUACACAAUGUUACUCAAGGUAGCUGUAGCACUCCUCUGUGUCGGGACUAUCACAGCCUACGAUGUGAAUCUUGGCAGCAUACUCGAAAGACGAAAUGUUGGUGGUCCAAAUAUGGAAUGUGGAAAUGGUAGUCCCACAGAUAUUUAUUAUGUCUUCGAUCCUGCUUAUCUUGGCAUUGAAAGAACUUCCUGGGUCACUCAAUUCAUCAGUCACACGCUCAGUGUCCAGGAAUUCCGCCACAUGAGAAUUGGUAUCAUUAGUGGAUCAUGUCCAUUGGAUGCUGGAUUCGACCUCAACCAAUACUCAACCCUAUCAGCAAUUACAGAAAGACUUCACUUCUAUAACCAACAACAACUACCAAAAUUAGUAGGAUCCUUGACCACUGCCUACUCCGUUGAUGAGGGUGGGCGUCCUGGUGCCAGAAAAGUUGCUGUUGUCUUUAUUGGGGGUGAGAACAUUGAUCACAUGGCGGUAAUUAGAAACGCCCAGGCAGCUCGUGAAGCUGGUGUUGAUGUUUACUUUGCUGAUGCCGGAAAUGCUGACCCGCGACUUCGUGCCGCCCUCGAAGAAGAUGGUUUCCGUUUGACUGGUGUUGGAGCUGGUGCCAAACGACAAGCUAAUGCUUUUAUCGAGGCCUUGUGCAAAGUACCAACCACACCACCACCUGCUGCUGAAGAAUGUGGAAAUGGUAGUCCCACAGAUAUUUAUUAUGUCUUCGAUCCUGCUUAUCUUGGCAUUGAAAGAACUUCCUGGGUCACUCAAUUCAUCAGUCACACGCUCAGUGUCCAGGAAUUCCGCCACAUGAGAUUUGGUAUCAUUAGUGGAUCAUGUCCAUUGGAUGCUGGAUUCGACCUCAACCAAUACUCAACCCUAUCAGCAAUUACAGAAAGACUUCACUUCUAUGACCAACAACAACUACCAAAAUUAGUAGGAUCCUUGACCACUGCCUACUCCGUUGAUGAGGGUGGGCGUCCUGGUGCCAGAAAAGUUGCUGUUGUCUUUAUUGGGGGUGAGAAAAUUGAUCACAUGGCGGUAAUUAGAAACGCCCAGGCAGCUCGUGAAGCUGGUGUUGAUGUUUACUUUGCUGAUGCCGGAAAUGCUGACCCGCGACUUCGUGCCGCCCUCGAAGAAGAUGGUUUCCGUUUGACUGGUGUUGGAGCUGGUGCCAGACGACAAGCUAAUGCUUUUAUCGAGGCCUUGUGCAAAGUCCCAACCACACCACCACCUGCUGCUGAAGAAUGUGGUAUUGACAAGCCCACUGAUAUUUACUUCGUUUUUGAGCCUGCUUAUCUUGGCAUUUCAAGGACUGCCUGGGUCACUCAAUUCAUCACUCACACGGUCGGUGUCCAGGAAUUCCUCCACAUGAGAUUUGGUAUUAUUACUGGAUCCUGUCCAUCAGGUUCUGGAUUCCACCUCAGUCAAUACUCAACCAUAUCCGCGUUUAUGCAAAGGCUUGUCUUUUAUGAUAAUCCAAAACUUACAACGUUAAUAGAAUCCCUGACUACAGCUUACUCCGUUGAUAAAGGUGGACGUCCUGGUGCCAGAAAAGUUGCCGUUGUCUUCAUUGGGGGUGAAAAAAUUGACGAUAUGGCUGUAAUUAGAAGCGCACAGGCGGCCCGUGAAGCCGGGGUCGAGGUUUACUUUGCUGAUGCAGGAAAUGCUGACACACGUCUCCUUGGGUUUAGUUUGGCUGGUGCUGGAGCUGGUGCCAGACGACAAGCAAAUGCUUUUAUCGAGGCCCUGUGCAGUAAAAGAUACAGAAAUUGAAUUUCCCGAAUCCCAUGACAAUCUUUGGAAAAAAUAUUUGAUGUGAAGAAAACAAUGUUAGCUUUUGAUUGUUUCUGAUGUGUGAACGGUGCACCGGUUGCAUUACUAGAUGAAGUGGUUAACACAUGUUCAGAUUUAUAAUGUUUUGGUUGCGACUUUGAAUAAUACCAGUAUAUUAAAAACAUCUUUAUAUCACAAGGAAAUAUCAAUAGUGUAAAACAAUACCUGGACAUAAUAUACAAAUUAGUAAAUAGAAAAGAUCAGAUCCGUAUAAAAACAUUUUUCAGCCUCAUAUUGUGCUCAAAUUUUUGGGGCAGAGAUUAAUAAGUAUAAAAUACUAAAUAUUUUUAUUUACUCAAAUAUGUUGAUUAGCCAUCUUAUCAUUUAUGAUUGUUGUUAAUAAAAAAAUUUUUUAAAUAUAA